GAACAGAUUAAUGUAGGAUUAAAGCUCUCUUAGGAACAUAACUCGUAACAUUUUAAAGUUGAAAACAUGCCCAACAUACAUGACAUGCUCAACAUAAAGAGCAUUGAACAAAGUAUAAAGAAAAGAAAGCCUGUUCAGCCGGUAUCAAUACCUAAAGCCAAAAAAGUGCUGACAAAAGGGCGAUUUUUCUUGGGUGGCAAUUGGAAGUCUAGACAAAAUUGACUGCAUUUACAAGGAUAACUCUAAGAACUUCGAUAGAAUAAACUCUCCCUUGACUUCGACUCACCUAUAUAUGCAAAUUUACUGCUCCGUGGGGUUUGGAAUUGGACCUAGCCCGAGAAUUGUUCCCGUGAGAGAGAAAGAGACAAAAAUCUGUUGAUUUAGCCAGGAAAAGAUGGAUGCAACAUUCGGCAUACUUUUCACCUGCAUUUUAAUAGCAUCCGUAACAUGGACAGUGAAAUUUCUAAAUUGGGUCUGGCUAAGGCCUAAGAAGCUGGAGAAAUGCCUAAGAAAGCAAGGUUUUAAUGGGAAUUCUUACAGAUUCUUUAUAGGAGACAUGAAAGACUUUAUCACCUCCAUGAAAGAAGAACGGCCCAGAUCAGUCAAACUCUGUGAUGAUAUAUCCUCUCACAUUCUUCCGUAUUAUUACCAGAUCAUCAAGAAGUUUGGUAAGAGUUCCUUCGUAUGGUUCGGGCCAUCACCGAGAUUGAAUGUCACUGAUCCCGAGCUCAUGAAGGAGAUUUUGACAAAACCAGGACUAUUUCAGAAGCCACAUCCAGACCCUAUACGUGAUACCAUUGUGGGAGGGCUACUGUUUCUUGAAAAUGAAAAAUGGACAAAACAUAGGAAAAUUAUCAACCCUGCCUUCCAUUUAGAGAAGUUGAAGAAUAUGGUACCAGAAAUUAAUUUGAGCUGUUCCAAUAUGAUAGACAAAUGGGAAGCAUUAGUUUCAAGAACUGAAGGUUCAUUUGAACUGGAUGUUUGGCCAUCUAUUGAAGAUUUAACAGGUGAUGUCAUUUCACGGACAGCAUUUGGUUGUAACUUCGAAGAUGGAAGGAGAAUAUUCGAGCUUCAAAAAGAAGAAGUCGAGCUCGUUUUGCAACUAUUGCAGUUCAGUUUUAUCCCGGGAUGGAGAUAUUUACCAAUCAAAGCAAACAGAAGAGUGAAAGCAAUCUCUCAAGAAAUUCAGGCCUUGUUAAGGGGUAUUGUCAACAAAAGAGAGAAGGCAAUGGAAAGAGGAGAAGCUACUGCUGAUGACUUAUUAGGCAUCUUAAUGGAAUCGAAUUUCAAGGAAAUUCAAGAACAUGGAAACAAGAGUGGAGGGAUGAGCAUCGAAGAGGUAAUUGAGGAGUGUAAACUAUUCUACUUUGCUGGCUCUGAGACGACUUCAAAUUUACUCGUGUGGACUAUUGUAUUGCUAAGUAAACAUCAAGAAUGGCAAGUCCGUGCAAGAGACGAGGUUUUGCAAGUUUUUGGGAUGAAAACGCCAACUUUUGAUGAACUAAACCACCUUAAAACUGUAACUAUGAUUCUUCAAGAAGUCUUAAGGCUGUAUCCACCUGCCCCUUUGAUCAUUCGUGCUCCUACGAAGCCAGUGAAGCUGGGAAACACGACUCUACCAGUCGGAGUACAAUUGACACUGCUAAUAGGCCUACUCCAUUACGACCCCAAGAUUUGGGGGAAAGAUGUGAAGGAGUUCAAACCGCAGAGAUUUUCUGAAGGAAUUUUCAAUGCAACAAAGACUCAGUUCUGCUUCUUGCCAUUCAGUGCAGGUCCUCGAGUCUGCAUUGGACAAAACUUUGCGAUGAUUGAGGCGAAAAUGGCUGUAUCAAUGAUUCUACAAAAAUUCUCAUUUGAGCUGUCUCCAUCUUAUGUGCAUGCACCCUUCCCAGUUAUGACACUUCAACCCCAGCUCGGUGCUUCAAUAAUUUUGCAGAAGCUUUAAAUUUUUUAGUUUAAAAUUAUGUCAUCACAAUAUUUCAUCUAGAGAACUCGCGUGAAAAUGAAACCUUUUGCACCACUC